UCUUCCACAACGCCCACACGCGUCGUGCCUGCCUGCCUGCCUGCCUGCCGAGCCGCGCUGCUGCCCAGAAGCCUCCCGAGCACCGCGGAGAGGAGGAGGAGGAGGCGGCGGCGGCGGAGUGACCGGGCGGCGAGGUUGCGUGUGCUGCUGGACAAGAUGCGGCUCCUGAUGCUGGCGGUGCUGCUCUCCUGCUCGUGCGCGCGGGCCGGCUGCGAGCCCAAGAUCGUCAACAUCGGCGCCGUGCUGAGCCAGAAGAGGUACGAGCAGGUGUUCAAGGACGCCGUCACCCAGGCCAACCAGGUCUACGGCCGGGACAAGUUCAAGCUGACCGCCAUCUCCGUUACGCACAAACCCAACGCCAUCCAGAUGGCUCUGUCGGUGUGCGAGGACCUCAUCUCCAGCCAGGUCUACGCCAUCCUCGUGAGUCACCCGCCCCAGUCCAAUGACCACCUGACUCCGACACCCGUUUCCUACACCGCAGGCUUCUACCGCAUCCCUGUGGUCGGGCUCACCACUCGCAUGUCCAUCUACUCAGACAAGAGCAUCCACCUGUCCUUCUGCGACCGUCCCCCCGUACUCCCCACCAAGCACACGUGUUUCGAUCUGAUGCGCGAGUUCAACUGGAACCACAUCAUUCUGAUCGUGAGCGACGACCACGAGGGGAGGGCCGCUCAGAAGAGGCUGGAGACCCUCCUGGAGGAGAGGGAAACCAAGGCAGAGAAAGUCCUCCAGUUCAGCCAGGAUACUAACUUAACGGCUCUGCUGCUGGAGGCCAAAGAACUGGAGGCUCGGGUCAUCAUCCUUUCCGCCAGCGAGGAAGACGCCGCCGCCGUGUACAAGGCCGCCCGCUUCCUCAACAUGACGGGCUCCGGCUACGUGUGGCUGGUGGGCGAGCGGGAGAUGUCGGGUAAAGCGCUGAGCGAGGCGCCAGACGGUCUUAUCGGCCUGCAGCUCAUUAACGGGAAGAAUGAGUCGGCUCACAUCAAUGACGCGGUGGCGGUGGUGGCGCAGUCCAUCCAGGAGCUCUUUGAGAAGGAAAACAUCACAGAGCCGCCGAAGGGAUGUGUGGGCAACACCAACAUCUGGAAAACAGGGCCUCUCUUCAAACGGGUGCUGAUGUCAUCCAAAUACCCAGAGGGCCUCACGGGACGCGUGGAGUUCAAUGACGACGGCGACAGGAAGUACGCCCACUACAGUAUUCUCAACUACCAGAAGAGUCGACUCAUUCAAGUUGGCGUUUAUAACGGGACACAGGUGGUAAUGAACAAUCAGCGAAAGAUUAUCUGGCCGGGCGGGGAGACAGAAAAACCACAAGGCUUCCAGAUGUCAACUCGACUGAAGAUAGUGACAAUACACCAGGAGCCAUUUGUGUACGUGAAGCCCACUAUGCCGGAUGGGACGUGCAAGGAGGAAAUAACACUGAACGGAGUCUUAAUUAAAAAGGUUAUCUGCACGGGGCCCAAUGAGACCAUCCCAGGACGCCCAAUCGUACCGCAGUGUUGUUACGGAUUCUGCAUUGAUCUCCUGAUCAAGCUGGCAAUGACUAUGAACUUUACCUACGAGGUUCACCUGGUGGCUGAUGGGAAAUUUGGGACCCAGGAGCGGGUGAACAACAGUAACAAGAAAGAGUGGAAUGGCAUGAUGGGAGAGCUCCUGGGGGGCCUGGCGGAUAUGAUUGUGGCCCCGCUGACUAUAAACAACGAGCGAGCACAAUACAUUGAGUUCUCCAAACCCUUCAAAUAUCAAGGCCUCACUAUACUCGUUAAAAAGGAAAUCCCUCGCAGUACACUAGACUCCUUCAUGCAGCCCUUCCAAAGCACUCUGUGGCUGCUGGUGGGUCUUUCGGUGCAUGUGGUGGCGGUGAUGCUUUACCUACUAGACCGGUUCAGCCCGUUUGGAAGAUUUAAAGUAAACAGUGAAGAAGAGGAGGAAGAUGCCCUUACCUUGUCAUCUGCCAUGUGGUUCUCCUGGGGAGUAUUGCUGAACUCUGGAAUUGGAGAAGGUGCGCCUCGCAGCUUCUCAGCGAGAAUCCUGGGUAUGGUGUGGGCUGGAUUUGCCAUGAUCAUUGUGGCUUCCUAUACUGCCAACCUGGCUGCCUUCCUGGUGCUGGACCGGCCUGAGGAGCGCAUCACCGGCAUCAAUGACCCAAGGCUGAGAAACCCAUCGGACAAGUUCAUCUACGCCACGGUGAAGCAGAGCUCCGUGGACAUCUACUUCCGGCGGCAGGUGGAGCUUAGUACCAUGUACCGCCACAUGGAGAAGCACAACUAUGAGAGUGCCGCCGAGGCCAUCCAGGCAGUGCGUGACAACAAGCUGCAUGCUUUCAUCUGGGACUCUGCGGUGCUGGAGUUUGAAGCCUCGCAGAAGUGCGACCUGGUGACCACGGGAGAGCUGUUUUUCCGCUCGGGCUUUGGCAUAGGCAUGCGCAAGGACAGCCCCUGGAAACAGAAUGUGUCCCUGGCCAUUCUCAGUUCUCAUGAGAACGGCUUCAUGGAAGACCUAGAUAAAACCUGGGUGAGAUACCAGGAGUGUGACUCACGGAGCAAUGCCCCAGCCACACUCACCUUUGAAAACAUGGCAGGGGUCUUCAUGCUGGUGGCUGGAGGCAUAGCAGCCGGGAUCUUCCUCAUCUUCAUCGAAAUAGCCUAUAAGCGCCAUAAAGACGCCCGCAGGAAGCAGAUGCAGCUCGCCUUUGCGGCCGUUAAUGUUUGGAGGAAGAACCUGCAGCCCUCUUCCUCUCUAGAGACUCAGGAUGAUAGGAAAAGUGGUAGAGCAGAGCCCGACCCCCAAAAGAAAGCCUCUUUUAGGUCCAUCAGUACCACCCUGGCUUCCAGCAUCAAGAGGCGUAGGUCCUCCAAAGACACGCAAUUCCCCCCCACGGACAUCACGGGACAACUCAACCUGUCCGACCCGUCCGUCAGCACUGUGGUGUAGGGAGCGCCACCUGACCCCCCCUCCCCUCACCUGCAUGAGGAGAGAGGAAACAAGGAGAUGUACAGUAUCUCCUUUAGAGGAGACCAAGUCGCACCUUCUUGAUGUCAGGAUGUCCUGGCCGUAGUUGUUUAUAGGGAGUCUGAGCAUGCAGAGCCUUUUUUCCCCCCAUAUGUACAUUAUAUUACUACCUAUUUAACCCUGUAAGACCCAAAUAUAGAAAACCUAAAAA